AUGCCGGAAAUUCACAUUUCACAGACAAGUAGAGAGUCUAAUGUCAUCAACGCACUUAUCUUCUUUGAUUCACUGGAAAGUGUUCGCACAGCUGAACUUAUGACUGGAGUGUUACUCUAUCACGAACGAGUCGAUAUUAAACCGACUACUCUUUUACACCUCCCUGAUGAAAAGAUCUAUUCAUUCCUUGUAACUCCACAACAAAACAAUAAUCCACAGAAUGGACAAACAAAGACAUCUGUUGUAGCUUCUUUGAUUGCACAUGGUGGUGCUGGAAAAGUGAAAAACGUCGCAAUGGAUGUCGACGAGGAACUCCAUCUGACAGAGUACUUAACCUUUGGAACUGUGAUGGUGUGGAGUUGUUUUACUGCCGCAGAUGAUAAAUUCAAAAUCACCACAAAAGUUUAUAACACCCUUGAGAAUAUCGAUAAUGCUCUUGGCGUUUCGGAUAAAUGGAAGAGCGUGAAAAAUAGUGCCGAGAAUAGGUAA